AUGGAUAUAAAUUCGCUCUUGUCCCACGACUCGACGCCCUCGAGUCAGGCUCGUAAUCCCUCGGCCAACUCGCCUCGCAGAAGGCCGUCUCACAAUCUUCGCUCCAACCCAGCGAGGCAGAACAUGACCUCUUCUCCCCUCGUUCACCAGGUUCUUACGCCUUCGAAUCUGCGCGAACCGUCCCCGCCUGCCAUCAGUCCUGUAAUUGGGCCUGUGCGAUCCAGCGGCGGGACUCCACCUUCCUCCGAUUUGCCUCCGCCCAGACAGGCGUCGACUCCGGGAAUGGAUACCCUCGCUGAUCUCGCCUCGAUGCAGCAGCAUCAGCCACAGCGGUCUAACGCCCCGAGACUGAGGAAUGCCGAAUCCUACGAAAGCCAGCUCUCCCCGUCGACGAUGUACCCAAACGUACCUCCGGUUACCCACACCACUCCGACGCCUCGCCCCUUUGAAAGCAAUGCGGCCGAUGGGUCCAGUGAUACACCGAGGAGAGAUUAUUCCAACACCUGCCUCGCCCCGGAUGCCCGUAAGCAAGCGACCGAGCUUUGCGCCGAGAUCCAGCGCAAUCCCCAUGCCUACGACGCCCGCGUCAAGUUCAUCAAGCUGCUCCACCAGGGCUUUGUUGACCACGUCUAUCCUCCGUCGUCGCCUGGCUCUCGCGGAGAUCCCCAGAAGUACGAUGUCCUCAAGGACCUCCGCGCGGCCCGUGAGGAAUUGGACAACCUAUUCGCGAUCGGCGAGGACCUCUGGGUGGAAUGGAUACAGGACGAGAGCCUGCUUGCUCGCACAGUAGAGGAACGCAUCUCUGUGAUGGAACUGUGUCAGAGAUCCGUCGAAGAGGAAUUUGGAAGUACUAGACUCUGGAUUAUCUAUGGGGACUGGAUGUUAUAUCUCUACAAUUCCGCUUCCAAUUCUGGAGAGCCGGCGGCUUCUCAGGCGCAAUGGUCAGAGGAGGAUAAGGUCGUGGGUCGUGAGGUGUUUGGCUGGCAGUCAGUUAUGGAUGUGUGGAGGAAAGGCGCCGAGGCCACGAGAUGGCGUAUUAGCGACAGCCACCUCGUCUGGAAUCGAUAUCUCGAGCUUGCCAUGCGAGAUCUUGCCAGCUCACCCACCUCCGAAAAGGCAUCCCAAGUCCGAGCCUUGUUCGAAAGCAGACUGCAGACUCCUCACAUGGCCUGGGACCAGACGUUUCAAAUAUUUUCCAAUUUUGUUUCAACUUACUACAAUGCCAACUAUGAGGAUAUCAUGGUCAGUACUAAUGCGAAAGCCGGCGAAAUAAAAGCCAUUUGUGAUGCCAGAGAGACAAGCGAAUUGGCCCUGCAGCGUGCCGUCGAGUCGAAUGACACUACGGCUGAAUGGACCGCAUACAGCCAGUAUCUCGAGUUGGAAACUACGCACAAGUACAAGAAGCCUUUGUACGGCUUUCAGUUGAUAACGGCGUUGUUCCAGCGUGCUCUGCUGCGAUUCCCGACUGAUGCGAGUCUCUGGGAUGACUACGUCAUAUACAUCGUCAAUGAGUCGAUGCAUCGCCGCACCAAUGAGCCCGUCAUUCCUAUCCUAGAGCGUGCUGCAAGGCACUGUCCCUGGUCCGGUUCUCUCUGGUCUCAACUCUUAUUAUCCGCGGAGCGAGCCGGCUAUUCCUUCCAGGACAUAUCCGAUUUGAAACAUAGGGCCACCCGUACCGGAUUGCUCGAGGCUGCAGGUGUCGAUGAGGUGUUGAAAGUUCACACCACCUGGUGCAGCUACCUCCGGCGGCUGCCGUUUCAGUCCAAUUCUACGGAUGAGGAUUUAGACGUGGCAGAAGUGGGGAUGCGGUCCGCGAUCGAGAGUGUCCAAGCUAUAGGCGACAAAGGCGACAAGACGGUCCCGAACGAUCCUCUCUUCCGCCUCGAACGGAUAUAUAUCCGUUAUCUGAGCGAAAGCGGCAGCUGGGAUAGUGCCAGAGAAACAUUCAAGGGCCUGGUUGGGCGUCAUGGUCAUACCUACGAGUUUUGGCUCAUGUUUUAUACGUGGGAGCUCUUGUGCUGGAGUAAAUUUACACAAGGUGACGGUCCCCGGAAAGCCCCCAGUCCUCACUACGCGACGGCGGUGCUGAAGCAGGCGCUGCAAAGAGAUGACUUGGACUGGCCCGAAAAGAUAAUGGAUACAUAUAUCGCGCAUUGCGAGCAGUACGAAGAUGCCGAGGAGCUUCAGCUGGCCAUCGUCGAGAUCCGAAGGGUCUCCAAAAAGGUUGCGAAGCGACGAGAAAAAGAAGCUUUGGAGGCAGCGGCUCAGCAGCAAGCAGCGGUUGCUCAGGCAGUGCAGGCAGUUCAGAAUAACGCUGAAGACACGGUGCAUGUUGGAAAGCGAAAACGUGAAUCCGCAGACGUCAACGGCUUGGCUAGCAAAAAACCAAAGGCCGAGGUUAGCGAAGCCAAACCUGCGGAACCAGAGGCGGAGCAUGCUCCCAAACGCGACCGGGAAAAUUCGAGUGUUUCGGUCAAAAACCUGCCUAGGGAUGUCCGAACCCUCAAAAUCCGGCAGUUUUUCCGUGAUUGUGGGAAAAUCAACGCCGUCACACUCCUCCCGGCGGAUGGUGAUUCUGCCUCUGCGAUCGUCGAGUUCGACUCGAAAGAUGAUGCGGAAGUUGCUCAGACGCGGGAUCAAAAGGUUUUGGAAGGGCGUGUGCUUAGCGUCCAAUUGGAAACCAAAGCAACACUUUUUGUUACAAACUUCCCACCCGAAGCCGACGAGUCCUACAUUCGACGGAUAUUCAGCCCACAUGGUGAGAUUGUUGAGGUGCGGUUCCCGUCUCUCAAGUUUAAUACCCACAGGCGGUUCUGUUAUGUGCAGUUUGCUUCUGCAGCCGAUGCGCAUGAUGCACUCGAGUUAGAUCACAAGUCUGUGGGGGAAAAUUUGAACCUCGUGGUGAAGAUAUCCGACCCCUCGAAACGCCAAGCUCGUUCUGGUGCGUUCGAGGAAGGCCGGGAAAUCCAUAUCUCAAACCUUGAUUGGAAGGCUACUGAAGACGACCUAAUUGAGCUCUUUACGGCUUUUGGCAAAGUCGAAGUUGCGCGCAUCCCAACGAAGGCCGACGGUGGCAGUAAGGGGUUUGGGUUUGUAGCAUUUUCCACACCGGAAGCUGCAAAUGCUGCUUUGGCGAUGGAUCAGAAAGAGUUUCGCUCCCGACCGCUCCGUGUCAGACUGUCUACGCACACCGGCGCAAAACGCCAAUCUACUACCAUAAUUUCGCGCGUUGGGCGGUCCAAGUCUCCAUCCAUGGAACCAAAUGGAGGGGCUUCGCCAUCCACCGCUUCGGUCAAUCAAGCCGACUUACCAGUUGGUGAAAGGAACCUUCGCACUCUCGGUCUAAUGAAUAUUCCCGACACCGUCAACGAUGCCCGUAUUCGCACUCUAGUCGAGCCGUAUGGACCUCUUGUGAAGAUAAUUCUUCGCCCUGACCAUCAAGGUGCUAUUGUCGAGUUCAUGGACGUGGGUGAUGCUGGAAAGGCGGCCCUUGGGCUCGACGGCCAGGAGAUUGCUCCGGGUCGUCAGAUUCGCGUUGGACCAGUAUCAGAAAUGCUGAAGCAGCCGCCCGAGCAUAAAGUGGAUCGUCUUCAAGUUGGAAAGCAAAAGCAAAAGCAAAAGCCGGCGCUCAUGGUCCAGCCUGCCGCACCCAUUUCGAGACCUGGUCAACAGGGUCGUGCGGGAAGAAGAGGCGGACUAGGUGUAAAGAAAGGCGCCUUCAACGGGAAAAUUGGGCCCGCUUCAAUUGCCACGAAAGCAGAAGCACAGCAGUCUUCUGCAGAUCGAGUUUCCUCCCAUGAUCACAUAUUAUCCGAGGCUCCGAAGCCAAAGAGCAAUGACGAUUUCCGAGCCAUGUUAAGUCAACCCAAGACUAAGUCAGAGGAGAUAUGA